AUGUCGAGGAGUGAAUCUUUAGAAAAAGCAAUUCAAGAGAUUGUUCAAGAAGCAAUCGAAAAGUACAAGCACGAGCAAAGGCCCGCGGAGUUCCUGCAGUCUCAUAAGAUAAUUGCACUAGAGAGAAAAGUAGAAGAACUGGAGAGGCAGCUUGCGAAGUACACGAAGGUGCAACCUAAAGUGCCAAAGAAGACACGAGAGGACAACCUUAUCCUUCCGCCUGUUACGCAAUCGCUCAAUCUCUCAACUGAGCAGCCGAGAAAAUCGAGCCUAAGUUCCAAUCCUCGAUAUUCUUCGAAGAAACUCAUAAAGAAAGAAGGUCUGAAUGCUUACGAUGAGCGCUUUUGCCACAACUGUGUCGGCCGUAGAAAUUAUUAUGAAAGAAAAAUCGGCACAAGCGGCUUCAACUUCGGCUAUCACUGUGCAGAAUGCGACAAUCCUGUAAAAUACUAG